CAGAUCGGCAAUCAGUUCGACUUGCAGUGAGAGAAUGUGACGGGAAGAGCUGGAAAACAAGGAUUUUUCCCGCUUCGCCUGACUUUGGCUGGACGGAUCUCACAGGGUUUGCUGACAUGGGACACAAGUUUCUUCAGCUGAAAACAGGUUCAGUCAUGCCAAUCUGGUCUGUCCACUUUGACCUCCUGAUAUUACCGAGCCUGCUGCUGCAGCUGCUCCUGUUGCUCUCGCCGCCCCUGGAAAGCGGCGCCCAGAACGACACGGAGCCCAUCAUCCUGGAGGGGAAGUGCCUGGUGGUGUGUGACUCCACGCCUUCGUCGGAGCCCGCUGGGAGCGCCCUGGGCAUGUCCGUCCGCUCCGGCUCAGGACGGGUGGCCUUCUCGGCCAGCCGGCAGACCAACCACGAGCCGACAGACAUGAGCAACCGCACAAUGAUUAUCUACUUUGAUAACAUUUUAGUCAACGUGGGCACUCACUUUGACCAAGAGAGCAGCGUCUUCGUCGCGCCACGCAGAGGGGUUUACAGCUUCAACUUCCAUGUCGUAAAGGCCUACAACAGACAGACUAUUCAGGUCAGCCUGAUGGUGAAUGGCUGGCCGAUGAUUUCAGCGUUUGCGGGAGACCAAGAUGUGACCAGAGAAGCAGCGACCAAUGCAGGCCUGGUGAUUCUGGAGAAGGGCGACAAGGCCUACCUCAGACUGGAGAGGGGGAACUUGAUGGGAGGCUGGAAGUACUCCACGUUCUCCGGCUUCCUCGUCUUCCCCUUGUGAGAUGGGUGGAAAGUGGAAGUGCUGGGUAACAGGAAAGGUGUGAGUGAUGGGUGUUACAGCGCUUUGCAAAAGUAGCUACACCUCUUGACCUUCUUGACAUCAUGAAUCCGUUCGUCUUUAGAAAACAUGUCAGGCUCGGUUAGGUUGGGUGGAGAGCAUCUGCGAACACCAUUUUCCAAGAUGUUCGCAUCUUGGAAAAUGAUGCGAAGACAUGCUGGGUCAUUCUAACACAUGAUGAUUUUUUUUUUAUCUUACCAUAGUCCCUUCUUCCACAUGCUUGUUAUUUCUCUCACAUGACUUCUGGAAAACUGCAAAAAGUACUUCUUUUGAUUCUCUUUCUUGCCACUAUUCCAUAAAAUUAAGAUUGGUGGCGUUCAUGGCUGAUGGUUGGCCAAUCAAUAGAUUAUCCAAACUGAACUGUGUAUCUCUGCAGCUUGUUCUGAGUUACUGCUUGCCCGCCUCUCUGACUGAUCCUGUACUUCACUUUAGGUCAGAUGCCUUAUCUUGGUAGGCUUAGAUUUGUGCCAUAGUGUUUCCAUUUCCAAAUAAUUGGUGGAACAUCGCUCUAUGAGAUGUUGAAAACUUGGGAUAUGCUUUUAGCAAAACUUCUCUACACCUUUCUCUCUGACCCAUCUGCAGUGUUCCUUGGUCUUCAUGAUGCAUGUUCUCUAACAAGACUCUGAGGCUUUCUCAGAACAACAUGGAUUUAUAAUAAUAUUAUAUAACACUCAGUGGACUGUCUAACUUCUAAAAACAUCUAGUUGCAUUGGAUUUUAAUGAAAACAAAUCAAAUUAAAGAGGGUUUAUUUCCCUUCAACUUCACAACUAUGCAUCUCAAAAAAAAAAAAUCCCACAAAUGUAGACAGACGUUUCUCAUUGUAACCUUAUAAAAUGUGUAAAAGUUUGAGGUGUAUGCCUUCGCAAGGCGCUGUACAUCCAGUUUUAGGACUAAACAAAUGAAGAGAACUAUCUAUAAAAAAAAAAGUUGCAGAAAAGCUACAAACACCCAAUGGAAAUAUUUUAUUUAUUUUGUCUUCGUGUGAAAUAUUUAUUGUUUAUUAAAUAUAAUGAUUGUGGAAAAAGUAUCUAUUUGUGCUCCUGUGCUGGCAUAAUGCCAAGCCUUAAUUUUUGUUUGUGUUAACACCUAGCUGUGCUCCAAAUAUCCAGCUUAAAAAAAAGUAUUUUGUUUGAGUUUACUGUAUGACUGUUUCUCCUCUGUCUGCCUGUCAGCAUCAUACAAAAGAUGUCUAUUUACCAACAAAUUUCUAUAAAGAACAAAGCGCUAAAAAACUGAAGUCACCUCAACUUGACUGUUUGCAUGCAAAAAAAGGAUUUUAUGAAUCACUGCAACUGUGACUGUUUAAUCUGCAAAAGCAAGGCAGAUUUCCUCAUGCCCUUUCAUGCUGCCGCGUUUGGCGGCAGCGGUUUGUAAAUAUAGCUCCCACCAGCCGUGCUGGCGUUGGCGAGGACCAGGCACACCAGCGUGCGACGCGGUAUAAGUGCCGAGUGUGGCGGAUGCUCCUUGCAGAGACACGGACAGAUGGAGGCUUUGGCGAGCCUGCCGGCUCAUCCCUGCAGGACAUCCAUGGAUAAAGUGUGGCGCACUGUCACAUGAAGUCAUUUACGCUUCCCUGGUUCAGAACCACCGCUCUCGGUUUGUCUGUUUGUUUUUUCUUACACGCGUCUUUACUAAAACAGUCAUAGAUACAGGACCAGGUUUAGGGGUAUUUGGUCACAAUGCCCUACUCACAGAGGUUCCUUUUACACUUAAGCUACAAAUUUCAGUAGAUUGAUGGUUAAAGGGGCAGCAAUAUGUAAAAAUAAUUUUUGGGGGACUUUAUAUCAUGUCAUCAUGUUAUUCCUCUCAACAGACCUGGAGUGCUGCUUUGAUUCUUUUAUGCUUGUUUGAGAAAUCCUUUAAUUUCCCAUGGAAACCAUUUGGGUUGCCUAAUCGCUUGCUGCUGCAAAGCUCCGCCUAUUUGCACGAAGCCCCUCUUUGUAGCUCCAGUCUCCAGCCACUCAGCUCCUCCAGACUAGUGACAGUAGCAAUUAGCAAUCACCUGGUGGACUGCACAUCUGUGGAGCUAAAGAUGUGAACUAUUUCCCAGUCCAGUUCUCAUGAAAACGUUUGUGAACAGCUUAACAGAGAAAUGUUGCAAUGACGUACUGAAGACAGAGUCUUAAAAGAACAGCAGCUUCUUAAAGAGACAAAUGCCCAAUUUCAAGGCAUUAAAUUGUAAAGUCAAAUUUCUUUUAAGCCAUACUUGAUAUAUAUAUACAGCACAACCAGUGGUAACAUGCUUACUUGACAAUGCCAUAAAAUACUCAUAUGUACCUGGAAAAUACAUAAUACUGGCCCUUUAAAUACAUCAGCUACAAGGAUUUUAGGUAUUGUCCCCAUGAAACUUUGUUGUUCUAGAAUUAUCUUUAUAAACAUCUCCUACUUAUGGCAUAAUUUUACAGAUAUGUCUUCAUCUGUACAAGAGAAAAGAUAUACAUCCAAAAACCCACUAGACAGGCUGCUGGCUGCUAAAAUUAAUCUCUGAAGUGCAUAAAAGUAGGUCUGUGCUCUAAACUGAGCUCCCGUUGCAAUUUUCCAAUAAAAUGUCAUCACACUUCAGGUGCACUGCUCUAGUCAAUCUGAGGAAGAGCAAAAGGGACAUUUAACAAAGAAUAGCAAAAGGAGUUGGUGUUCAUUAAUACAGAAACACUCAAACUGACCCCAAGCAUUAUGAUAACUAUUUGUGACAAUGAAAAUACACCAGAAAAAUCUGUUUUAACAAAAACAUAAUCAUUGUCAAAACCUUUCUUAUUGAUUAUUAAUUAUUAAAACAUUUCAUAUGGGCUUGCUUACAAGCUUUACUGCUUUGGUUUUUAUGGUGACAGUUUGAAGUAAGUCAGGACUCUUCAGACGAAGUGCAAACAGUGAAAGUUACUAAUGAACAAAAUCACUUUAGCAGUGAAGAGAAAUGACCAAAAUGCUAGUACAAUUUUAAAAAUCUGGUGGUUAGCUGAGGGUAAGGUGUUAAUUGGGAGAGGACAUCUGUCAUUUUGAUUAAAUGGAGCAGAAUGGUCGCUUUCAAGGGGUUUGGUGCAUGAAUUUGUUCCUCCGGGAACAGGUUUCACAUGUAAGAAAACUGCUAUUAGUAAGAUUGUACCCAAAAUCAGCCAACUAAGGAUUGUUCCCACCAGUGCAGACAGCCUGCUCAAGGACAGCAGAAAGAAUGUAUGAUUUAACUUUUUUUUUCUUUUGUGCAUGUACAGUUUGGCUGAGACUUUGAUGCUGGUUUGGUGUCAAGAAUGGCAACAAAGAAUCCAGAUUUCUCUCUCUCUCUCUC